AUGUCGAAUCUCUCUAUUAAGUGUGUCGCUUGCGUGGGAGUGACAGCCGUGCUCGUCUCUGUCUGGGGACAGAGCAGCAAUGUCCUCUGUGUGUUGAUGUAUAUUACGGCAGCCACUUGUGGAGCUGUGGCCGGUGCUAUGGCUGCUCUGGGCUCGGACGACAGACGGAAGGCCGCUUAUCACGAGUUGAUAAAAAAUCCCAAAGUCGUUGAGUUGUUCGAAGAGAAAUUGCGAGAGUCCAGGUCGCAGGAGACAGGCCAGAGUCGGCAUAGACAGAUGGUUUUCUCUCGCAAUGCUGAUGCGAAACUCCAAGAAAUCGUUGAUCUCAUCCUGAGGGACUUCGUCACUCCGUGGUACUCUUUCCUCGUACCCGAGUACCACCAGAAUUUCACGCUCUUGCUCCGGGACGAGAUCAAGCUCGUGAUGGUCAAAGUGAAAGAGCGAUACCAGAAAAUGAACGAGAAUACUCUGAUCUCUCAAGAUCUUGUCAGAGUUGUAGAGAACCACCUUCGGAAAAUACGGCUCGGUGUUACAGAGCGACAAGCGUACUCCCUGCAAGGAUUUCUCAUUUCUCCGGAGGAAGAAAUGGAGCACAUUCGGGUCAUCAGUGAUUUCCUCCUGACUAUUCUUCUGCCGUCGAGUUACGCGCUCUGCGUUCCUCUACGAUGUCUCCUGAAGGAAAUUCUCACCUGCCAGGUUCUUUAUCCAACGAUCGAUAUGUUGUGCUCGCCUGAUUAUAUCAAUUUGAAGCUGGUGUCUUAUCUGAAAUGGGUGCAGGAAGAGAAGGAGCGCCACAGGCGAACAUACGAAAUGACAGAAACUUUCGAAGACUUCGUAUUCAUUAUCGAUACGUGUACUGAUAUCGAGGAUCUCAAGCUGCUCCGGUAUAAAAUUGUGGUUGAAAUCAUGCACGCGACGACAUUGAACAAUAUCAAAAAACAAAAAGGAUUGAGCACAGACAAAUCGAUCGAGCCUCCAACGCUUUCCAAGGGAGAUCUCCUGCUUAGUAGGAACUUGCCCAAGUAUAUUCGACAGUUACAAUUCGCCAAAGGAAUGUGCGAGAAGAAGCUGAAGUCGAUCGGGGGUCCCGAUUACAUAGGGGGAUCGGAGCAUGAUCCUGCGAUCUUCCGAAAAGUUCUCGCGUUCAAAGUCAUCAUGGAGAGUGAUCUGGCGCGCGAAUACCUGAAACAAUUCUUCGAGAAAGAAACAAAUGAAGAAGGGAGGAAUCUGUUGAGUUUCUGGUGUGAUGUGCAUCAUAUGAUGAUGGCGGCAAAAGACGAAUGGCAUCAACUGGGCAACGAGAUUUACACUACAUACAUUAAGAAGCAACAUGCCGGCAUACGGCUCAACAAACAAAUUCUUAAGGAUAUCGAGGCCUUCAUCAUGGCCAAUAAGGGUCCUGAUGGUUUUUUGGAGGCGCAGAAAGAAUGCUACCGACUCCUCGAAGACAAACACUAUCACUCGUUCCUGACAUCAGAUAGUUAUCAUCAACUAAUCGUAGAGUCGAAGAAGCUCGAUAUAAGCUUUGGUCGGGAGAAAACUGGUGACACGGGCGAAUCAUCACUUAGCGGAAGUGAAUCGUCGCUGAACCAGACGAUCUCUUUAGCCGAUUCCUGCAAUCUAGCGAAAUUUCGUAUUCAUCAUCUCGAAGCUCGCCUCAGCGAUAAACUUAAGGCGCUCUCUGCGCUGAGAGCAUCAUUGAACUCCGACCCGAAGAUGAUCGCGGCACUAGAGAAAGAAACCACUGAUCUGAGAAACGAAUGCGGCAUCCUGUCGAAGUACAUGGAGCGCACCGAUAUCUGGACGGAAAAUGUCGGCUGUUGGAUCGCCAGAGUAGAAAGCGCUCAACUCGAUCGAGACAUGCCAAGGUUCACAAUCAUGAUCACUGUUUCCGAGCAACAGGAUUCAGGCUAUGUGGUCAACAAAUGUAUCACUGAUUUCCAUCAGCUUCUACAAAGUAUCCUCCCGAUUGCUCCUGCCCUGAAGAGACGCGUCACCUUGCCGUCGAUUCCGUCGAAAAUGCGCUUGAAGGCUUUCGACGCCGCUUACCUUGCCAGAGCAAAAACUACUCUGCAACAAUUUUUGGACAUUGUACUGAGGGACUAUGAUCUGUGUAACUGUGAAGCCGUGUACUCAUUUUUCAACGAAAUUCCGCCAUCUCUACUCCAGCCCCAAAAGCAGAACGAGGACGGCGUUCUUAGAAAAACACUCAAUUUUCUCCCAUCCUUCUUCAAAAACGAAAAGACCGGGGAAGCGCCGUGGGAAGAUGAAGACGAUCUUUUCCUCGAACUCGACUCCGAUCUGAACGCGGACGUUGUGGACUCGAUCGCCGAACCACUCUACAGCCUCCUGGCUGAGAUGUUCGAGCUGCAGGGCGGCAAUCCCGUCAAUUGGCUCCGGAGGACGUUGAUCAUGUUUGUGCAGAUCUCCUUCGGUAAAACAAUCAAUAGACAAGUCCUCGAGGGCAUAUCGUGGAUGAUGUCAGAGUCCAUGUUCAUUUAUUACAUGGGACUGUUCAGAGAUGCCCUAUGGCCCGACGGGGUCCUCUACACCAGGACCGAAAAUCGCACGUCCCAGGACAUGGCGAAAACGAAACAAGAAGCCCGUAUGCUCCUCCUCAAUCAUGUUCCCGAAAUGUUCAACUUCGUCGGCAACCAGAACGCUUGCAAAGGAACACUUAAAGUCUUCGAUUCGCUGCAGGAUAAGCAGCUGAAUAAGCAGCUGUUCUAUGAGAUGUUGGAGAAGGUCCUCUACGAGUUCGCGCCUGAGCUACGUCUGGAGUGACCCUCUGGAUCACAAACCUUCCAAAUGAGAGCCCUAGGUACUCUUACGGCGGCGAAUGAUGAGGCGGCUUUGUGCUGUUCGCGAGAUUCUCCCCUCUGUUGAGUUGAGCAAUUUCAUGAGAGUAGAUAGAUCGAGAGCCCGCACUCGAUCAGCAUUUGCACCGGUGACCCUUCACAAGAAUGACAUAGCCAGGGUCCACGCACGUUUUCGGAGCGCACUCCUACCGCGAAGGAGUUCACCCUGUUUCUCCGAUUGGAAUUGU